AUUCACGGUCCUUCAUCUCUUCACUUUGUUUGCAUCUUCACCCGUGAACCAUUGGUGGUGAGAAGAAGUAGCGCAACGAGCUCGUAAUUGCUUUCCUACCAUGGCUUGACCUUUUAUUACUUCUUGGACUGAUUGAUCACAAACUCCCAAACACACAACCAAAAUGGGCAUCAAAGGAAUCUACAAAGAAAUCGGCCCCGGGCAACGCAUCUCCCUCACCGCCCUCGCCACCACCCACCUCGAAACAACCGGCCGCCCCCUUCGCCUCGCAAUCGACAUCUCCAUCUGGCAAUUCCAAAUCCUCGCCGCGCGGGGUGGCUCCAACCCAGCAGUCCGCACGCUCUUCUAUCGACUCGUGCGCCUUUUGGGGCACGCAAUCCAACCCCUCUUCGUCUUCGACGGCCCCAACAAACCCGCCUUCAAGCGCAACAAGCGCUCCCACAGCUAUGGCAACAGCCACGGCGUGGCGGACGCCAUGGCCAAGCGGAUGAUCCGGCUGUUUGGGUUCAUGUGUCAUGAUGCGCCUGGUGAGGCCGAGGCCGAGUGUGCGUUGCUCCAGAGGGAGGGGUUGGUGGACGCGGUGCUGAGUGAGGAUGUUGAUACGAUUAUGUUUGGGUGUCGCAAGACUCUGAGGAAUUGGAGCGCUGAGGGGACGAGGAGUAGCAAGACGCCGACGCAUGUGAGCGUUUAUGAUGUGGAUGAGAGGGAAGGGGGGAUUAAUGGGUUGGAUAGGGAGGGGAUGGUGUUGGUUGCGCUGAUGAGCGGGGGCGAUUAUUUGCCUGAGGGCGUGCCUGGGUGUGGUGUGAAGGUCGCGUGCGAGGCGGCGAGGGCCGGCUUUGGCAAAGAGUUUUGUGGCAUUAGGAGGGCUGAUAAGGCUGCGCUGGAGAGGUGGAAGGAGCGGUUGACGAGGGAGUUGAGGAUGAAUGAGAGCGGGUUCUUCAGGACGAGGCAUAAGGCUUUGGAGAUCCCGGAGGGGUUUCCGAGCUUGGAGGUGUUGAGGUAUUAUACCCACCCGGUGGUGUCGAAGCCGGAGACGGUGCACAGGUUGAGGAGGCAGUUUCCGGGGAAACAGGCGGUGGAUGUGGAGGGGUUGAGGGUGUUUGUGAGGGAGACGUUUGAUUGGGAGUAUCGGACGGGAGCUGUCAAGUUUAUCCGUGUGCUGGCACCGAGUUUGCUUGUACAGUUUCUGUUGCAGAGGUCCGAGGAUGAUGAUGACACCGAUGAUCUCGGUCGUAAGGAGAAAGAGGAAGCGGUGCUUAUCAAGGGGAUCAAAAGCCGGAGGGCGCAUGUUAGUACUGAUGCGACUCCUGAGCUGAGGAUAUCCUAUGUCCCGAUUGAGAUUGUCCCGCUGGAUUUGGACGCCGAGCCUGAGGAGGAGAAUGAGGGUUUCGGUCGGGGCGGGCUGGCUCUCAACAGCGACGAUGAGUUCGAUGCCGAAGGUGAACCGCCAAGUAGCACCCAAGGCGGCAGCAGCGCGAAGCCGUUCGAUCCAUUAAAGCCAGACCUUGCCUGGAUCCCGGAAACAGUUGCUAAACUGGGCGUUCCUCUGACAGUGGAGAUCUGGGAGGAGAAGCAACGAGCAAAGGAGUUGAAGGCUGCGAACAAGGGGACAAGAAAAGCACGAACGACGAAGCAAACAGGUGGAAUGCCGGCUGGAGCAUUGGACAAGUACGUCAAGGUCACAAAGGUGCCAGCAAUUGCUGAUACUGUCACGAAGUCAACGAGCGAUGACUUAUCAUUGGAUUUAUCACCUCCCAGGUCAUCAUACGUUGCUCCUCCCAGGUCGUCUUACGUUCCUUUGUCAAGUCAGCAACUUUCUCAGCUUUCGUCAGAUCGUUUCGAGACAGCAACAACUACCUCUCGAAAGACCACAACAAGCAAAGGUACUACAAAGGCAUCUUCCUCCCGGACUACUAGCAAAAAGACAGCAGCUACAUCACGACCUCCAGCCGGCAACCCUUGGUCACUCGCAGGUUCACAAGCAAGCACCAAGAUCACGAAGAACAUCGCAUCUUCUCAACCAGCAGCAAAGUCAAGCCUUUUCGACCAGGAACCUAUUCUUAUCUCGUCCAGUCCAUCUGUUACCGGAAAGAAAUUGCCAAAUUCCCCACUGGAGAACAAUAGGCCAUUUUCACCAGAUCCACUUGGCAGUAGUCCGCUGCCGAGUGCUCGGUGGAAGGAAAGGCUACCAGCAACAAGAACGACGUCAGAUCCCACACGGUACCCUUCUCAAAGAUCCAUUCGCGAUGAGGAAGCAUCAAGGUUGCGAUCGCAGUCAUCAGCGUUAGCCAGCUCACCGAGGAAAGGACCGGCGUUUGGUAAAGACAAGACGCCGACCAAGCAAAGGUCAAUCCUAGAUUUUGGAUACCCUUCUACCCGGGAGCAAGUUGGGUCAAGAUUGUUUGGCAGGACACAGAGCGCGGUAUUGCCUUCCACAACGGGUAAGACGCUUGACCGGCUAUCAGAUGACGACGAGGAGUUCGAGAGAACAAUGCUUGCAUCACUGAAGAGCGGUAGGUCAAAGACCUUUGAUCUUAAACCCACAUCCCGGGUAGGCGCUUCCUCGACACUCUUUUCUACAAAGGAACAGACCAAAUAUGGCCGUCUGGACGAGACCGACGAAGAUGACGAGCUCGAGAGAGCAAUUCAGGCAUCGCUAAAGGAUAUCCGACCAACGAGUUCAGCACCUGUUGCUUCCUCUCGAACCAAGGCUCGCUCUCUCUUACUCCAGAAACAUAAGGUCGACCUCAGUAGCCUCCACGAGGAAGAAGACUCGGAUGACGAUGACUCGUUUGCCUCCAUCGGAGCAUUGACUCGCACAAAGUCACCUUCGCCUUUGCGACCGAGAGCAAGUGCUGCCCGUUCGCCUUCGCUAUCAGCAAGAAGAGAGCUCGCGAGGGAGAAAAGGAGUUCGCCAGCUCUGAGGUCAUCACCGGUACCUUCUUCAAGGACGUUCCAGCGAGCAGAGAGUGCUAGGAGUAAUCUCUUGGGCAGCAAAUGGGAUUGGAGUGCCGUGGAAGAUGAUGCUGGACAGAGCACACGGGCAGCCAGCGUUGGCAGGACGCUGAGGGAAACAAGUGUCUGUUGCUCCAGAGCAACUCCGAAGAGAAGUCUCUUGUUCCCAGGUCUUAACCGGGGGUCAGCAGGAGACGAGGUCACCAGUGAGGAGAUCCGACGUCAGACUGCUAGGGAAGGGAGCAGGAGAUGGCGGUUGAGUGAAGCCUCGGUUAUUGAUCUCACUGGUGAUGAUUGAGUGCAUAGAUAUUGUACAAAUCCCUGGUUACAUACAUAGGAUGGCCAUAAUCAAUCUUGGUACAGUAAUAUCGUUGAGUGUUGCUUCAUGUAGUCG